AUGAAAAAACGCCGCCUGCUGAUGUACGUAGCGGUCCUUCCGGGUGAAGCGGUGUAGCUCAAGUCUUGUUCGGCUACAGCUGUUUCACCAUUAGAUUCAACCUGCUAACGGAUUACUAAAUCAGCACAGUAUACUUACACCACUGAUAACGAUUACUUUACACUAGCUAGCUACAUAUCUUAAUUUUAACGACCUAUUUGAGUACCGGUAGCUUGUUACCUCUUUAGCCAGCUAGCUAGCGAGCUGGGAGCUAACGCGUGUUACACGUUAGCGAAAAUGGUAGUCUGGUGGAUGAGACCGGGUGGAAAGCUAUGAAAUCCAGCUCCUGGUCGGGAUAGCUUGGGGGAACCAGGAUGCUGCAGGGACUGUACGGAAGUCUGGAUCGGGAUAAGCCGCUGAUCCGGCUGCCUUUCACGCACUUCGCCGUCGGGACCGUCUUGCUGGCUCUAACCGGUCUAAUAGCCUGCCUCGUCAUCUCUCUGAUGUUCCAUUUCGAUGAGUCUACCUAUACCCACUGUCAGGUGCCCAACUACCUUCCCUCAAUCAGUGCGUCUAUCAGUCUGGUCCCAGAGCGCUAUAUCUGGAGGUUCUGUAUCGGCCUGCACUCCGCUCCUCGUUUCCUGGUGGCUGCGGCCUACUUCAGCUUCUACCGCGGGCGGUUUGCUAAGAGCUUCCCUGACCUGGCCCUUAGUGGCCUGGCUCUCAUAGCUGCCCUGGCUGAGAACGUAGGCCUGCUGUUGCUCACCUAUGUGUCCUCUACGGAGACCUACAGUGUUCACAAGAAUGGUUUCAUCACGUUCACCGCCUGCUCUCUUCUGCACAUGCUCAUUACCUGCAGACUGUGGCAGGUGAUUAAGAAGUUCAGUCUCAACCCCGAGGAGUUCACGUCGUUUCGUUGGAAGGUGCGUCUCUUUCUCUUCAAUGUCAGCUGUUGUUUGGUCGCCGCCUACUUUUUCAGACGCCACAACAAGUACUGUGAACCAGGAAUCUACACUCUGUUUGCUCUAUGUGAGUACCUGGUGGUGCUCUCCAACAUGGCCUUCCACAUGACGGCAUUCUGGGACUUUGGAAACAAGGAAGUGAUGGUCACCACACCAACAGAGGACAAACACUACUGAAGACUGAGAGUGAGGGAGGACACACCCCUACUCUUCAUUCUCUUCAUCAUGCUGAAAGUCUUGGGAGGUGUGGUCAAGGGUUGGGCGAUGUCAACCAUUGUCCUAUCGUGAUUUAAGUAGCAGGUUGACGUUUUAUUGUCAUGAAUCUUGUCCUGGAGGCAGAACUGAUCUGUUGCCGCUAGAUCGGCCUCCUGCAAAGUUGUCUAUAUCAUAACAAAAAUGUGCUUUUUGGUCUUAAUUUUAGGUUAGGCAUUAGGGUUAGCAGUGUGGUUAAGAUUAGGGAUAGGUUUAAAAUCAGAUUGUAUGACUUUGUGACUGUGCCAGCUAGUGACCACUCUGAAGAGCUGCCUCCAGGACAUGAGUCAUCUCAGUAAAUGCCAACCUGCGAUUAAGUACCCAUAUAACAUUGUGAUAUACAAUGGUAUCACCCCCCUAUUCAUUGUUGCACCUCCGUCAAUCGGUCGCGUCAUUGUUAUCAACGUUCUACAGACGCCGCAGUCAAAGUAGAAAGGGGGCUAAUGACCUUGAACGGGAGCGAUGACUGUUUCGCCUAAAUUACACUAUAGUGGAUUGUAAGUACGAUGACAUUGCUAAAGUCGUCAAAUAUUUAGGAGGAAACAACUUAGCCAUCAUGUCGUCAAAUGUACUUUAGACAGAUGGCAAUGUUGUUAUUAGCUAGCAAAGUUAGUCAAAAAUAGCUAGAAAUGCUAACUUCAGCCAACUAAAAUCCAGUAGUCUCCACUCAGUCUUAGCGAGCUAACAUUAUACUGCAACUAAAGUAAAUCUGACGACAUAAAAAUUAUGACACAAGGUUUUGCUACUAAUAAUUUACUGUCUUUAGAAAUGGCAUCAUGUUUUCAAGCCACAAUAAUGCACUUUAGUCCCGUGUAGCUCAGUUGGUAGAGCAUGGCGUUUGCAACACCAGGGUUGUGGGUUCGAUUCCCACGGGGGGCCAGUAUGAAAAUGUAUGCACUCACUAACUGUAAGUCGCUCUGGAUAAAAAUGACUAGACCAAAUCUUUAUCAGUGCCUAUUGAGGAUGUAUUGAGUAGAAUGUUCAGUUUGCCAUUAGUCCUAAAACCAACAUUCGGUACAAUAUUGUGACGAAACGUGCAACCCAUGAAUUGGCCAACCCCAAAAAAUAUUUUUUAAAGAAAAAAGGUUACACAAAUCAAUUUUAAAAGGACCGCUAUCGUGAGCUCGCUCGCAUGCUACAGGAGGGAUGAAAGGAAUCAUGACAAAAUAUAUUUUGGAGCCAAAAUAUUUUUGGGUUGUUUAUUCCUCUCUGUUGGAGCUGUGGCAUGGAAGAUGUGGUUGUGUGUGCCGACGCGCAAGUGACAACCGCUGGCUGUGCGUCGUGAUGGGUUGUAAAUACAGAGCACGCAACUGCUGUCCCCAGAACUGCAUAAUUAUUCAAUAGGCUUCUAUACGUUGUAGGUAGGUUGUAGCCUACAUUGCUAAUAAUAGGCUAUGGAAAUAGGCCUACUCUAUACAACGGUUCUUUCUUAAGCUUUGCUCAGCUGUAAGUUUUCUGUUGACUUCUCAUUUGAUUUUUCCAUCUUGAUAUUGUUUUGCUCAAUUUCACUUGUUGCCUGUAAUAUUCGUCAUUCAAAAUAAAGCUGUGAUAGAAUCGCCUAUAGACUUUCACAAUUGUUCCCAUUUGAAAGCUGCAACGUUAGGACAUUAAACACAUUCAUCUCUCUCCUGACCUGGGUUCAGAUACUAUUGGAAAACAUUUCAAAUGCAUUUAACCGUGCUUGAUUGAGCUUGCCUGGCACAAUGGAACAAUAGUAGUCGCAAAAGUAAACCCUGUACAUCUGGCGCUCUAGUCAGGCUAGAACAAAUGAUCAAAGUACAGUAUUUGAUUUCAAAUAAUAUUUGAACCCAGGUCUGGUCUCAUGCAUAGCUGGAAGUGGAAAAAAAUCGGAAAUAAAAAGAACAUCGGAAUUAAAAAAA